AUGAAUCGCGAAGUUAAGGUCGUAUUAUUGGGAGAUUCAGGAGUGGGCAAAAGUUCAAUUGUGCUGAGAUUCUGUUCUGAUAUAUUUAAAGUGACUCAUGAAUCUACUUUGGGGGCUGCGUUCAUGGCUAGAACCAUAGAAGUCAAUGGAAUCAAUUUUAAAUUUCAGAUUUGGGACACUGCUGGAUAAGAAAAAUACAAAUCACUCACUCCCUUGUAUUAUAGAGAGGCUUAAGUAGCAUUGAUAGUUUACGAUAUUACACACAAAGAUUCCUUUGAUGUGCUUAAAUCUUGGGUAAAUGAAUUGAAAGCUCAUGGUCCAAAAAAGAUAAUCUAAGUUCUCGUGGGAAAUAAGAACGAUUUGAUCGAAGAUGAGAAAGUUUCCUAUGACGAAGCAAACAACUAUGCUCAGCAAAUUGGAGCUUCUCUCAAACUUACAAGUUGUAAGGAGAACAAAGGAAUCUAAGAAUUGUUUGUGUCGAUAGCUGAGUAGAUCCUGUAUGAGGAACAAAACAAAUUAGUUGAAGGAAAGAAGGUAGAUAAACCACAAAAUGCCAGCGUCAGAGUUACAGCUGAUGAUCAAACUAAAAAAAAGAAAAAGGAUGGAGGAUGCUGUUGA